GAAGGACGAAUCAAAAGAGCCCAUCGUGGAGGUGCGGACGGAAGAGGAACGGACUCCGAAUCACGACGGAGGCAAACACACAGAACCGAACGAGACCACCCCGCUCACUGAGCCAGAGAAAAACGCCGUAGAAGAAAAGCCGGCCGUCCCCGCCACGGACGCCAACAACGCAGCCCCUGCAGAAGUGAAGACGGUCCCCAACGAAGCCACACAAACAAAUGAAACUGAGAGCAAAGCAUGAUGGGCAUUGGGGGCCAAAAGCAGAGCAGACGGAAAUUUAAACAAAACGAAAAAAAAAUUUGACAGAACAGCUUCACCUGAGCAUUUAAAACACAAAAAAUACACAUCUCAUUCCUCUAGUGUCUUUGCCUUUUUUAAAUGAAAACAGACAAAAAAAAUGCAUACAAUGGGGAAAAUGUGUUUGGUUAUUACGGGGGGAUUGUUUUUAUUAGGGCUCAGUUUUUUAUUUUCCUGGGUUUUGUUUGUUUGUUUAUCGUUUGGGUAGGUUUGUAGAAAGGAUCUUACUUCAUGUGCACUUGCUUUUAAGAGGAAAGGAAAUCCCCCCUCCCUUUCCCCCCACCCCCUUCUCCUACCACAUCUUUGAGGAUGGACCUCCGGGGUCUCUCGUAGAACAGCAGACAGUCCGUGCAAAACACCCGUCUCAAUGAACCCAAACUAGCGACUGCAAAUUUAGGGAGAAUCAGAAACAGAAUGAGCAAUCUUUUAUUUUUAUAUAUUCCAGCUAAGUUGAAAAAAAAAACC